CCAGCCAUUUCAGUCCUACCCAUGUGGUUAUGCAUUUCUGGUUAAAGAGGGAGCCUACAAUUUCUCCAUGGCAGACCUCGUCAAUUUUUACAGCAGCAACAACACGUUUCCUGUGGUUAUGGAUUGGACAGUGGGGAACACGUGCCUAGAUGCUCAGAAUAAUGCUUCAAGUUAUGCGUGCAAGGCAAAGUACAGUGAAUGUCGCAAUGCAGAGGUGGGAUCUGGUUACCACUGUCAAUGCUCCACUGGUUUUCGGGGAAACCCUUACCUACCUCAUGGUUGUCAAGAUGUUGAUGAAUGCACUGAGGCAUCUCACGACUGUUUAAAGGGUAGAUCAAUAUGCAGCAACACAAUAGGGAGCUACAGUUGUUCUUGUCCAAAGGGAUAUGAAGGAGACGGAAAAAUUAGUGGAAGCGGAUGUGUGAUCAGCAGUAACCGCAAAUUCAUAAUUUCUUUCGGUGUGAGUGGAAGUAUAUUGGCACUGCGGGGAACCUUAUAUCUGUGUUGUACAUUAAAGAAAAGAAAACUCAACAAACUUAAAGAACACUUUUUUCAACUAAACGGUGGCCUAUUGUUACAGCAACAGAUAAGCAGGUUUUGUGGAUCAAAUGAAUUGACGAAAGUCUUUACUGUGGAAGAACUAAAAGAGGCCACCAACAAUUUCAGUGAAGAGAUGGUCUUAGGCGCAGGUGGGGAGGGAACAGUUUGCAAAGGAAUAUUACCUGAUAAUAGAACUGUAGCAAUUAAAAAGUCGAGAAUUAGUAACCCAAACCAAAUUGAGCAUUUCAUCAAUGAGGUGAUUCUGCUUUGUCAAAUUAACCAUAGAAAUGUGGUGAAACUCUUGGGAUGUUGUUUAGAGACAGAGGUUCCCUUACUUGUUUAUGAAUUCGUUCCCAAUGGAACUGUUUACGAACAUCUCCACGAUCAAACAAAAUCUUUAAGACUUACAUGGAAAAGAAGAUUACAAAUAGCAGUUGAAACUGGUGGGGCCCUGGCUUACUUGCAUUCUGCUACCCAUGCACCAAUCGUACAUAGAGAUGUGAAAACUUCAAACAUACUACUUGAUCACAAUCUGACUGCAAAGGUUUCUGAUUUUGGAGCUUCAAAGAUUAUUCCUCUUGAUCGAACACAGUUAACGACUUUGGUGAUGGGGACACUGGGAUAUCUUGACCCACAAUACUUCCACUCAAGCCAGUUAACAGAUGAUGUGUAUAGUUUUGGAGUUGUCCUAGUCGAACUGCUAACAGGAGAGAAGGCACUCUCUUUUGAAAGGCCAGAGGCCCAUAGAAACCUAGCGAUUCACUUCCUUUCUUCAAUGAAUGAGGGUCGGUUACUUAGCAUUGUCGAUUGCCGCAUAAUAGAUGAGGCAAAUGUUGAGCAACUAAUGGGUGUUGCAAAUAUUGCAAGGCAUUGUUUAAGGUUGAAGGGGGAGGAAAGACCCACCAUGAGAGAAGUGGCCAUGGAACUUGAAGAAAUCAACAUUGUGGAGAAGCACCAAUGGGAAACAAUCAACUUGUCAUCAGAGGAGACUGAAACUCUUCUCAAAGCAACACCAUCAUCUUCUUUUAGGGUAGAUGGUGUUAACAGAGGAAGCAUGCAUUCUGGCUCUGAUAUUUUAAACCGAAUUUCUUUUUCCUUAACUAGUGGAAGAUGAUUUCCCAAGACUGUUAUUAUUCAAGACUAGAGGGAAAUCAACAU